GUAUACACACUUUAUAGGUGACCAGCGUUCUGUACGGUUCUGUACACCACAUGUGCACGUGUUGUCUGGUGUUGACACGUGCGCAGCUGGUGCACUGUGCCCAGCCUUAUUUCUUAAUUGUGUCAUAGUUGUGCAUGUACUGUGUAUGUGUGUAUGCAAUAAUGUAAAUUGGUGCCUUAUUGUGAACUUGAAUUUCAUAUGCUCUUAAUUACUGUAAAAGCCAUCCACUGUUUUACGAUAAACGGAUUGUGAAAACAGAGUUGUGAUAUAUUUACUUACUCUCUUGGUUUUUAAAGUAAAAUCCGGUGUGUAAAGUGCUUGUGUUGAUUUCAUUGUGAUUCUCAAGCUCUACUAAUGGGCAAGAAAAGAAAACUAAAUUGGAAGCCAGUGGAGUUACCGAAUUCUUUUUUUGGUGCUGCCGAUGGACUAAUACAAAUUGAGGAAUUAUGUGAUUAUAGUAUAGAUAGUAAUGAAAUAAUAGCUUCAGGACUACCAUCCAAGAAAAGAAAGGUUGUCAGUGUUGAGAAACUGCACAAAGAAGAUAAUGCAAGGACUGUAGACAAGUCCUUUAGAAAAGUGAAAGAGGAUAACUCUGGACUAUGGAUAGUAACAGAUCAAGUAAAAAGCCAAAACAGCCCUCCAAAGAAAGAUCUUCCUUCAAAAACAAAAAAGACAAAUGAUGCUGUCAAGCUUCCAAAACAUCCUAAAAGAUUCACCUUAAAGACUAAUUCCCAAAACAGUAAAACAAAGAAGAAAAUUGUUAACAAAACAUUAAAUAUUGAAUCAAGUGGGUCAGAGAGUUCUCAUGACCAUGACGAGGACAGUGGUAGUAUUGUACCUGUUGGAAUGGAAGCAUGGAGUGCAUGGAAGGUUCCUUUGCCAAUUUUGAAAGCACUUUCUAAGCUUGGAUUCAAAAAACCCACACCAAUACAGGAGAUGACGUUGCCUGCUGCAAUAAUGGGCCGGAGAGACAUUCUAGGAGCUGCUGAAACAGGCAGUGGAAAAACUUUGGCAUUUGGUAUACCAAUUAUUUAUGGAAUUCUUCAACAGAAGAAAAAAGCUCUUGAAAAGCAAAGCGAAUCUGGUGAAACAGAUGGGGACGAAAUAGAAAAGGAUGAUGUAAAUUCAAAUAUACCAACAUCUAUUGAAUCUGAUGCAGAGAAUAUUGAUUCUGUGAAUGGAAAAUUUGAUAAAUCUGGAGGAAAAUUGUAUGCCUUAAUUUUAACUCCAACAAGAGAGCUUGCUAUACAAGUGCAUAAUCACUUGAUUGCAGUAGCAAAGUACACGGGUAUCAAGAUUGCAGUUGUCGUAGGAGGCCUAGCUUCUCAAAAGCAAGAACGGUUAUUGAAGAAAAGACCAGAAAUUGUUGUGGCUACACCAGGUCGCUUAUGGGAAUUGAUUGAGAGUGGAAAUCCACAUCUGAAAAAUGUCGGUGACAUUAGUUUCUUGGCUAUUGAUGAGACAGACCGUAUGUUGGAAAAAGGACACUUUCAAGAAUUGCAAAUACUUCUGCAAAGUAUCAAUCGAGACGAAUUUAAGAAACAAAAACGGCAGAAUUUUGUGUUUUCUGCUACAUUAACGAUGGUGCAUGAGCCACCAAAAUAUCUUGGCAAACGUAAGGCUCCAACACAAGUGACUCCAGCACAGAAACUGCAAACGAUAAUUUCUUCCUUGGGUAUUACAAAUCCCAAAGUUGUGGACAUCACUCAUGAGAAAGGAACUGCUGGGACUCUAAGUGAAGCUCGGAUCAUUUGCUCAUUAACAGAGAAAGAUCAAUAUCUGUACUAUUUUCUUCUCCGCCACACUGGACGAACUUUAGUGUUCUGCAAUAGUAUCACUUGUGUGCGUCGCCUUGCACAGAUCUUGGAAAUUCUAAAGUGUAAUCCUUACCCAAUUCAUGCAAACAUGCAGCAGCGGCAACGACUGAAAAACCUUGAACGUUUUCGAGAUGAUCCUUGUGGUUUAUUAUUAGCUACUGAUGUUGCUGCACGUGGGUUGGAUAUACCGAAUGUGCAACAUGUGAUUCACUACCAAGUACCACGAACUGUUGAGAGUUAUGUGCACCGAAGUGGGAGAACAGCACGUGCCCAAAAGGAGGGAAUUACUGUAUUGAUAAUGGAGCCAGAAGAGGCCCCUGCAUAUUUACGUUUAUGCAACAGUUUGGGAAGAGGUCGCGACCUACCUGAUUUUCCAAUUGACAAUGAUAUAUUUUCAGCUGCAAAAUCUCGAGUUCAAUUGGCUUUGCAAAUAGACAAACUUGAGUACACAACAAAGCGGACUAAUUCUAAUCAUGGAUGGUUCCAGAAAGCAGCAAAAGAAAUGGAUAUUUUAUUAGAUGAUGAAGAACUCCCUAGUAAAAUGAAUAAUGAAGCAUCUGCCCGAGUGAAGAAACAAGUCAACGGUUUGAAGAGGCAGUUGGAUUCUCUUAUAGGUAAACCAGUUAUUCCAAGGGCAGUAUCUGUGAAGUUCCCAAAUCAAGAAAAUAGAAAAGAUGUUCAGCUUAGUGCUGUUCAAAUUGUAAAUGGUGAAAACAGAAAGAAAAGAGCAUUUGUAAAGAUAAAAAAGUGAUUAUGUAAAUAUAUAAAACCACCACUUAAUAAAUUGUAUAAUUAUUGUUAAAAAUAAUUAUUUGUUUGCUCCUGUUCUAUUUUUCUAAGCAACAGGGGUGUAGAGGAUUGAUGUGGUAAUUUGCUGUGUGGCUGUAGUACUUGUCCCUUCCUAGUGUCAUGAAUUCAUGAAGUAGCUAUUCUCCUUGACCCAUUUAAUUUUCAUUACCGUUAAAAUCUUGUAUCAACUAAAAUUCACAUAAUUUUCUUAUGAUAAUGUAACUUCAAAAAAGAAACCCAAAAGUCUAGAUUGAAAGACAGGAAAUUUUUUGGUGCUCCUGUAAAGAAAAUCACAUAUUAAAUAAAUAGCAACAAAAUGUUGGUGCACAUUUUUU